GGACUGCGACGCUCUGACAUCAGAACAAAGAUGGCUGCGUCCUGCAGACUUUCUCUCGUACCCUAAAUUUUUGCGCCUAGCUCGUGUCAGGUUUAGAGUCACACUCGGCCUUUCUCCAGCCAUGUUUUCUCUCCGAAAUUGCGGUCUCGGGGUCGCGGCUUCCCUCACCAAAAAGCGUCUUACGUUGGCCCGGUUCAGCGGUGACAGCGCGGCGCCCUUGGCUACGAAGUUUGACGUGAUAGUCAUCGGCGGAGGACAUGCCGGGACCGAGGCAGCCGCCGCUGCUGCUCGUUGCGGCUCCCGGACCCUGCUACUCACCCACCGCGUGGACACGAUCGGUCAGAUGUCCUGUAAUCCUUCCUUUGGUGGCAUUGGCAAAGGGCACUUAAUGAGGGAAGUUGAUGCCUUGGAUGGGCUUUGUUCUCGAAUCUGUGACCAGUCUGGUGUACAUUACAAAGUAUUAAACCGGCGUAAGGGACCGGCUGUUUGGGGUUUGAGAGCUCAAAUUGAUAGGAAACUCUAUAAGCAGAACAUGCAGAAAGAAAUCCUAAAUACACCGCUGCUUACUGUUCAGGAGGGAGCUGUAGAAGAUCUUAUUCUUACAGAACCAGAGCCUGAGUACACUGGGAAAUGCCGUGUCAGUGGCGUGGUUUUAGCGGAUGGAAGCACAGUACAUGCAGAGAGUGUGGUUCUGACUACUGGGACGUUCUUGAGAGGCGUGAUUGUAAUUGGAUUAGAAAUGCAUCCAGCAGGACGUUUAGGGGAUCAGCCUUCCAUAGGGUUGGCUCACACACUGGAGAAGUUGGGGUUUGUGGUGGGAAGACUGAAGACUGGGACUCCACCCCGAAUUGCCAAAGAGUCCAUUAAUUUCAGCAUUCUAAACAAGCAGACACCAGAUAAUCCAUCCAUACCAUUCAGUUUUAUCAGUGAGACAGUGUGGAUUAAGCCAGAAGAUCAGCUGCCAUGUUACUUGACUCACACCAACCCUAAAGUGGAUGAGAUUGUCCUUGAGAACCUUCACCUUAAUAGUCACAUUAAGGAAACUACAAGAGGACCCCGAUACUGUCCAUCCAUUGAAUCAAAGGUUUUGCGUUUUCCAAACCGUCUUCAUCAGGUUUGGUUGGAACCUGAAGGAAUGGAUUCUGACCUCAUCUACCCUCAAGGGUUAUCUGUGACGCUACCAGCUGAAUUACAGGAGAAAAUGAUCACAUGCAUCAAAGGCUUGGAGAAAGCUAAAAUGAUUCAGCCAGGUUAUGGUGUUCAGUAUGAUUAUUUAGACCCCCGUCAGAUCACUCCUUCUCUUGAGACUCAUUUGGUGCAACGGCUCUUCUUUGCUGGCCAGAUAAAUGGCACUACUGGUUAUGAGGAAGCUGCAGCUCAAGGUGUGAUAGCUGGAAUCAAUGCAAGUCUUCGGGUCAAACGCAAGCCUCCUUUUGUCGUUAGCCGAACAGAAGGCUACAUAGGAGUCUUGAUUGAUGACCUCACCACACUGGGUACCAACGAACCAUACCGCAUGUUCACGAGCCGAGCAGAGUUCCGUUUGUCACUGCGCCCUGAUAACGCCGACAGCAGGCUCACGUUCCGAGGGUAUAAGGAAGUUGGCUGUGUGUCCCAACAACGAUAUGAAAGAGCUUCUUGGAUGAAGUCUUCUUUGGAAGAAGGCAUUUCUGUGCUAAAAUCCAUUGAGUUUUCAAGUUCUAAAUGGAAAAAGUUAAUUCCAGAGGCUUCUAUAAGUAUUGGUAAAAGUCUGCCUCUCAGAGCUCUAGAUGUUCUGAAGUAUGAGGAAGUUGACAUGAAGUUAUUAGCCACAGCUGUUCCAGCGCCCUUGAAGAAGUACAUUACAUGUAGAGAACUAGCUGAAAGACUGAAAAUAGAAGCCAUUUAUGAAUCAGUGCUGUUCCAUCAGCAACAACAAAUAAAGGAAGUUCAGCAAGAAGAAGCUCUCCAACUGCCAAAAGACUUAGAUUAUUUGACUCUCAGAGAUGUGUCUUUGUCUUAUGAAGUUCGAGAGAAGCUACAUUUCAGUCGCCCAGAGACGAUUGGGGCUGCUAGUCGUAUACCUGGAGUGACACCUGCUGCCAUCAUCAAUCUGCUCCGAUUUGUGAAGACCACUCAGCAGAGACAGGCGGCUAUGGAUGAAUUGCCCAACACUGACCAAUACUUAUGCGAGACAGACAAACUGGAAGAAAGACAGUUAUAGCUUUGUAUUCAUAGAAGACUUUUAAAUAGUACGAGCAGAGAGAGGAGAGAAGUACUGUAUUUUGGUUUUAGCACCUGUUAAAAAUAACCUUAGGUUAUUAUGGAUUUAUGAUUAAUUUAUGAAGAGGGCAAAGAUUAUAAUAACUGUGCUUCUUUAUCUGAGAAAGUUAUAAAGUCUUCAUUUCUACUCUUCAUCUUAGGUGCUCUAAUACAGUGAGCAUAUUAAUGUAACGGGAGUAUUCAUCAAACAGAGAUCAUAGUGGAUCCACAACUAAGCCAGAAAAAAAACACUUCAGCUUGCAGAUUUGCUUACUCAUAAAGACUUUGUCCAUUAAAUGUUACCAAAGUAAAAGUCUUAUGUUUCAACCUGUUUUGAAAGUUAGUAGUCUUUUGCUUGGAUAAGGAGGCGAUUUCAAAGCCCUCAAAUUCUUAGGGCUUCAAAUUUGAAACUAUACAAAAUCAUCUAGAAUUAGCCAGUUGAUUUCCAACAUUUAAAAAUGUAGUAUGUAGGGUGAGAGUUGACUUCUAAGAUUCCUACACUUCUCCAGGAAAUCCUUACCAGUAAUUAUCUUUGAACAUCAAUGAAUAUCCUGUAAACUAGAUCAGAAAUGAUCAUAGUUUCCUUUGAUCCACAAUAUGGAAAAGUUUUUGGCAACCUGGUUAAAGGGAAAAUAAAGGUAGUUACUUCAUAUCAUACA